AUGCCGGCCUUCGAUCCUGUACGCGAUGCCGUCCUCAACUCCCCUCUCAUCCCCUCCGAGCCCUCCCUGCCUCCCCGCAUGCACCUCGAACUUCCAAGGAGCACCUUUGGUUCGUCCUCGUCCGCCGAUGCCAGUGCCACACCCAGCUCAGCCCACUCGUUUGCCCGCCCAGACUCCAGUCCAGCCAGCGGCACCAUUGCGACACCCGGCAUCACUCGUCGGGCAACAGACCUCUCGGUCCUGCUCAAUUCUGAUCCCCAAGACACGCCCCUGUUCACCCCCACUACGCCUCGUGCACCCGCGACGCUCUCACACCUACUCCUUCCCACCGAGGCAAGCGAGGACCAGCUCUCGAAUAUCUCUCCCCUCCGCCGACGUUCGUCCGACCUCUCCGCUACUGGCUCUACCACGAGCAACCGCGAGAGCUCAUACUUCUCCUGGCCUGGCAGGUCGUCGUCUGCGACCCUGUCCGAUUCCCCCCAGGCUCAGACCUCGCUCGCACUCCCUACCUCCCAGUCAGCUCCCCAUGCGCAGAGCGAAAGUCAGACUCUGAUGCAGACCGCCGAUUCUCCUGCAUCCGUGACCCGUUCACCUGUGGCACCGAUGCUCUCUAACAUCAUCACGCCCAAUGUUCUGGGCAUACAGCCGCCUGCCUCGAGGCCGUCAUCCUCGCACUCGCAUUCGUCUCGCCCUUCCACAGCUGUCUCGAGCUCUGCGGCAUCUCGUAGCGGAGGCAUGGGUAGCAGGGCCCAGGACAUGCCCCCGCCCGCGGCGAUACCCGCUCCUGCGCCCGCGUCCACACCGUCUGCAGCCACGCCGUCGCCCGGCUCCGCACCUAGGCCUGCGCCUGCCGGAGUAACUUCACGGCAGACAGCCACUCCCCCGGCCACAUCAGCCCUCCAGCCACAUCCGAGCCUCACUCCCAAACACCCACCAUCCACAUCUCCACAGAUGGCAUCUACGUCGUCCAACGCGGACGUUCCCAAGAGGAGCUCAAUCCCGUAUGCACCAGUGCGAAGGCGCACCCCUGCGGGCUCGGUGCUCGUCCCACUCUCGCCGGCGGAAAUGGAGCGCUACCGCAACUUCCCUGGUGGUGUCGGUACGAUGUUGCUGAGGAAGCGUAAACGUGAAGCCGAAUCGGAGAACAACAAGAAGAGGGAACGAUCGGAGGAGAGCGAGAAUAGCGGAGAGCCGGAGGACGCGCCGGACGAGAGGGACGCUAAGAAAAGGAGAGUAGGCGACGUUGGGCUUAUAGUCGAGCAUUGUGAGUUCCUCUCCAUCUUGGUUCCGUGGGCUUUGCGCGGACGUGGACAUUUGCUGUCUGCCUCUGGCGAUGUUUUUCAUAAUGCGCGUCCCGAUGUCGGCGUUACUCAGCGACAAGAGUCAUCCAUUAUCGGGCUCAAGAGCUUCAACAACUGGGUCAAGAGCGUGCUCAUCACGCGCUUCGCACAUCCGGUGCUUGCGCAGAGCCCGAUCUCCUCGGGCGAGUCCGACUCGGGCUCGAGCCGAGGGCGUGGAGGGGGUUCGCGAGGGAGAGUGCUGGAUAUGGGCUGUGGAAAAGGCGGAGACCUCACAAAAUGGUCGAAGGCGCAUGUCAGGGAGUAUGUCGGCGUUGAUAUUGCCGCCAUCUCGGUCGACCAAGCACGUCUGCGACAUGCCUCCAUGCGAUCCGGCCCGCGCUUCGCUGCGUCAUUUUACGCAUUGGACUGUUACUCUCACAAACUUCGUGAUGCACUCCCGUCAGCACUACUUGAGCGCCCUUUCGAUGUUGUCUCGAUGCAGUUCUGUAUGCAUUAUGCUUUCGAAAGUGAGACCAAAACACGCUGCAUGCUCGACAACGUCGCAAGGAGCCUGAGACCGGGAGGCAUCUUCAUUGGGACAGUACCUAAUGCGGGACAACUACUCGAUCGACUUGAUGGACUCCCUCGAAACGCAGAGACACUGUCUUUUGGCAACAGCGUGUAUAAAAUCCGAUUCGAGGAACGUACUCAUCGGGCGCCAUUCGGUCACCGAUAUUGGUUCUUCCUGCAGGACGCGGUGGACGACGUGCCAGAGUACGUCGUACAAUGGGACAAUUUUGUCGAAAUGGCGGAGGAGUACGGUCUGCACCCGGUGUACAAAAAUGAGUUCCAUCAGAUCUUCGAAGAACAUCAUACGCAUCACGAAUUUGGACAACUACUUGAGCGCAUGCGUGUCGUCGACGCUAAUGGUGAGAGCCAAAUGGACGAGGAUCAAUGGGAAGCAGCGAAUAUAUAUGUUGGGUUCGCAUUCGAGAAACGGUGA